AUGUUGCUAGUCGAACUAAGGCUUACGUCUCCACAGGACGAGCACGAGCUUCUUCAACAUCUGUCCCUGGAUGCUCCAGACUCCAGGGACCAUGAAUUGAAGACCGCUCCCAUCUUCACGAGGGAUGCUUACGUCGCCACCAAGGCCCAGCAAGUAUUCUCGCAGAGGGGCCUUUUGGGAUCCGUGAUGGAGAUUUACGAUAAGAAUGGAGCAAACCAUGCGGACACCUGCCAUGACAAUCGCCUGUAUCUCAAUACUAACGCGCCUUUCUCCGCUCUUGUAUGUGGCGUUCAAGGAUCGGGCAAGUCGCAUACGGUAUCAAUAGUCCUGGAGGACAUGCUGAUCCCGAAGUGCUCACGCAUCGGGGCACUAAACAAGGCUCUGAGCGGCUUGGUGCUGCAUUUCGGUGAGGGCGGUCCUUAUUCGCUGCCGUGCGAAGCCGCCUGGGUAGGCGUAUCCCAGAACUCUUCACUCAAGCUGCCACCUGUGCACAUCUACGCAUCGAACUCGUCUUUAAACACAAUGAAGACGGUAUAUGCGCCUUUGGGCUCACGCGUCACGGUUCAGCCGUUGUUGUUCAGCGAGUCCGAGUUGGACGCUCAAGCGUUCCUCUCAAUGAUGGCGAUCGGCGCCUCCGAUCAUGUACCGCUGUACAUGCAGACGGUGCUUAGCAUCUUGCGCCAGCUGGGCGAGAGCUACUCAUAUACCGCAUUCAAGAAGGAACUUGAAGCCAGGAAGGCCAAAUUCAUGCCGCCGCAAUUGUCAGGGCUCGAACAAAGGAUGGCACUGCUCGAAGCUUUCCUAGAAAAACCUAAGUCUUCUAAGAAGCAACGCGCAGCGCCACCCCGGUUCGCAGCCGGCCAGCUGACUAUCAUAGACCUGUCCGAUCCGUUCAUCGACCCCGCGUCAGCAAGUGGUUUGUUCGAAAUCAUCGUCAGGCUGUUCGUGCGCGCAAAGGUCGACACCGGCAAAGUCCUCGUUGUCGACGAGGCUCACAAAUACCUGUCGCCUGAUAAGACAUCCUCUGGGUUGACAAAGGAGCUGCUGUCCCUGAUCAGGCAGCAACGUCAUCAAGCCAUGAGGGUCGUGAUCAGUACGCAAGAACCAACCGUCGUUCCUACCGUCCUCCUGGACCUUUGCAGCGUUGCAAUCUUACACCGUUUCUCCUCGCCUGCAUGGUGGGACCAUGUCGCAAAGCACGUCUCCGCAGACAUCGAUAACAAAGAAGCUUUUGACAAGGUAGUCAACCUGAAGACAGGACAGGCGCUCCUCCUCGCUCCGUCCGGCCUAGCUGUGUCCCGUUUGGCGACCCAGAAAGCGCACGGGACUGAAGUCGUCCCCACCUUACGCCAAUUCGGACGCAAGAGUGUAUUGAUCAGGACCCGUCAACGUGUCACCAGGGAUGGAGGAGCUUCCAUCUUGGUGGUCGGAACGUGA